AAGCGGUCGCGGGCGGCGAGCGCGCGGGAGAUGACGGAGCAGCAGAAGGACGAGCGGCGGGAGCGGAACCGGGAGCACGCGAAGCGGAGCCGGGUCCGCAAGAAGUUCCUCCUCGAGCCCGACUACUCGCUCGUCAAGGCGCUCCAGACGGCGCAGCAGAACUUCGUCAUCACGGACCCGAGCCUGCCGGACAACCCCAUCGUCUUCGCGUCCCACGGCUUCCUCACGCUCACGGGCUACUCGCUCGAGUCCGUGCUCGGCCGCAACUGCCGCUUCCUCCAGGGGCCCCGCACGGACCCGCGCGCCGUCGCCAAGAUCCGCAAGGCCGUCGACGAGGGCUACGACACGUCCGUCUGCCUCCUCAACUACCGCAUCGACGGCUCCACCUUCUUCAACCAGUUCUUCGUCGCGCCGCUCCGCGACGGCCAGGGCAACGUCGUCAACUACGUCGGCGUCCAGUGCCAGGUCAGC